AUGACGAUUCCCUCCAUGUCGUCGUCGAUAGAGGUAUUCUGGCCGUUUGGCCUAGGAGAACAAGUUGUGGACGUUGCAUUACAGCUUCACCGCGGAGAAGUUCGUCUGGAUGUUGAAGAUACAUCGUUCUUAUUGGGAGACUGCCUCCUGGUUGGAUCUGAGUUAGCCGCAUCUGCUCCCGGACACUGGAUUGUGGAUAAAGGUUGUUCAGCAUUGGCAUCUUUAGUUCAACCAGUGCUGGAUACAAUUUUAUGCAAUGCUCUCCGACAUCAAAUUGGAACCAUGGAAGCAAGUUCCUCAUUGUUUUCCUCACUACCUCGUGAUUUUUAUAACGGGUCGUUGAAGACGAGUGCGGCGGCGGUCAAGGACGACCCGCGAAAUCAGCAGGGUACCUACGAAUGGGUGAAUGUGUCAAUAAGCUCACUCACCCAAUCGUAA